GUUCGGUUUUGCAUUAUUACGAUAUGGCUUCGGGGAUGUGUGAGAUUCCAACUUCAAGAGUAGGAUACCUAUGUCCUCUGUUGCACCGCUGCUCAAGCUUCACUAUCAUGCUUCAGCAAUGGCAAAUCGCUCUGUCAUCGUUGCUGGAGGCGGAGCUGGUGGAGUUAUCGUUGUAGAUGAAGAGAGGAGUAACUUACGUGGCAUCCGAAGAAAACAUGAUCUGCGCAUGAGAAAAUAUUGCGGAGCAACAAUAUAUUUCACAGCAGAUACGGUCUAUUCUUCAGGCCAUCCUGAGACUUCCGGCAUCCUAAAUUUUAACAUUUACGGAAACGUUGGAAUGGCAUGCCAUGAAGAAAUUACAAACGCGUGGAGUCCAAGUCAGCUGGUAGCUACGUUGCUUUCAUACAUUAUCGCCACUCUGAUUGGCGCAAAAUAUGGCCCGAUUCAAUGCAGCCAAUUCAAAAUCAGCUUAGACGCUUACAAGCUGACGGUGGUGCAUGCAUGCAUCAUCGAACCUGUAUUUUCUAUCACCAGAUCGUAUGAGGAUAAAUGGAAUCCACAACAACUGAGCUGGAUUUGGCCAUUACGAAGAUCGACAUGGCUACGUGGUCCAGGGCUGGCUAAAGAGUGGACAACAACACUCCCGCACAUCCGCUGGAUCUUGGGAUCGGGCGGUGACAAGGCGCAACGCGGCAGAAACGACGAGAUAGGCGAAUGUAUCCAACGACUUUGA